AUGCGCACCUCUUUCCUUGCCGGCGGCCUCGCAUUUGCGACUGGCAUCUCUGCACAAUACUACGUCAAUCAGUCCGAACCAUUCCAACUCGUCCUCCAAUCCGCGACGAACAGCACCCUGAACGGAGCUGCCCUGUAUGCAUGCCACGAAGGAGCUGCAAUUGAAGGACUGUGCGUCGGAGCAAGCGGACCACCAACUCUUUCAAAUACCUACAAUUUCAACUACACCGAUCAACAGACUCCCGACGAGGAGCUAGGCUACACUGGUCUUGUCACAUGGGUCUUGCACGGCGGCAACUUCAACGCAUCCUCUUCUCUGGAACUUAAUCCUCAACCCACCACAAAUGUCGCCGUGCCUCUGUUCUUCCCUGGAGAUCAGGGAUUCUCUAGCUUUGGCUUCGACAAGGAGGAUAAGCUAUAUGUUCUUGGAUACUUGGACAAUACUGUUUCGCCGCCAGUCUACAAGACACAGGCAUACUAUCACUGGUAUGCAUGCAUCACGAAUGCGGGAUAUGUUUAUCAGACUUUGGCUUGGGUCGUUGGCACGGGUGCCCCAGAGAAUCCAAGCUGUCAGAAGGUGGAUGUCAAGCGGGUAUUCAUUUGA